UGCGGGACGGCGGCGGAGCGCGGCGGGGGGACACUCGUGGGCCGAGCGGGCGGGGGUCCCGGGCACUCGUGGGCCGUUCCUGAAGGGACGCGGGUCCCUGGAUGCGCACGGGCUGGGCGAGGAAGCUGCGGUUCCGUGCGGUGGGGGUUGGGUCCUGCACACGCGUGGGGUGCGCACGGUGGGGCUGGGGCCGCGUGCGGGUCCGAGUCACGCGUGGCUUGUCCUGUGAGUUGUCCCGCACACGAGCGGGCUGCGGGCGCGGCGGUGCCCCGGAAUCCCGGGGACACGGGGGCUGUGUGUGCUUGGAGGGGCUGCGGGACUGUGCCGGGUGCGAGCCCCGCGUGGGCUGCGCGCUGAGUGGGACCGGGAGCUCAGCCUCCCCCCAGCACCCCGCUCCACACCGCAGCACCCAGACAGGGCGAGGGGGUCCCUUUUCUCCCACCUGGCGCCCUGAGCCACUUGCCUCCGGUUCGCAGCCACCUCCAGCCUGUAAAUAAUUUGCUUUUACGAUCCCUCCUCUGGCCCAUUAUCACACGAACUUUAUAUGUUUGAGGCUGGUGGUGGCCAUAAAGCUGUCCCGGUUUCCGGCGCUGGCGUGCCCGCCGGGCAGGCAGGGUGUGAGGAGGAGGAGGCUGGGGAGACGCUGCCCCAGGCCCCCCAGGAGGGCAGGUAGGCAGGGAGGGGUGCAGCAGAGCCCCGGGGAUGCUCAGCUCAGUGGGGCUGGGAUAUGGAGUGAUUGCAGCCCUGGAAUCAGGCUGGAGCAGGGAGGGCUGUGAGGGAGUGGGGGGCACUGGGCUAUUCGGGGGUGGGGGAGGAGGAAGAAGCGGGGUCCCGGCUCCGGUCAUUCAGUCCCUCUGAAGGACCCACAGAUGUUCUCUUCAGCUCCCCUUGGUUCCCACAGGGACGUUUACAUCCCCCCCAGCCAGUGAGUCUAGGUCCUUGUCUGAUCCCUGCACCUUGGAAUCACAGCUCUGGGGGCAUUUGGGCCCUGGUCCAGCGUUGAGGGGGCUCCCAAGAUCUGUUUUUCUCAAGAUGCUGUGUCUGAGCCCUGACCCCAGAUCUGGAGUGUCUGGCACAGCCGAUGGCCAGCUCCUCUCUGGCUGUGUCCCCCGUGCUCGGUUCCUCCUCAUGUUGUCCCUCAUGCCCCAGCCUGGCUCAGGGGUCUCCUCGUGCCUCUUGAGCUCCAGGUGUUCAGAAGAGGAUUUGGGUUGCCUGUGCUGGGCCAACAGCCCUGUUGGCUCUGUGGCUGCAGGACCCUCUGUGGGCUCUCUCCCUUUGGUGCUCCCCAUGGUUGGAGCCCCCGGGACCCUCACAGGGGUCAUCUCACUGGCCAAGUCUGAAUGACCAAGUACUGAGCCCAGGUGAGUGGGGAUGGACACCUGGUGUGAGCAGCUGCUCCCAGGUGGAACCAGCAUCAUUCCCUGAACGAUCCAAUCCCGACAGGAUCUGGGUCAUGAGGGAUGUGGGAAUGUUCUGAGGCUGCUCCCUGCUCCCCUCUGCACAGUCCCAGCUGCAGGCUGAGAUGGGCCCUCCCUCUUCAGAGGGGUGCUGGGGCUUCAUGUCCCCAGCCUGUGCUUUGGUAAGAUCCUCCCAGGUGAGGAGCUCGGUGGCAGCAGGUGACAGCUGCGAGAGCUUUGCCUCUGGCCUGUUCCCAUCUCACAAACCUUCCCCGAAUCAGCCAUGCCCUCCUAAUUCCUCUUGGUACUGCUGUGAAAGAAAAGGGUACCCAAAUCACCUGUGGGUGUCCUGGGUGAGCGACUCCUCACUGUCUGCAUCUUCCCACAAGGGGAAUUGCAUGGAGGAGGGAAAACCCCAAAUCUGAGCAGAUCAGUUACCUUUUCUUUCCAGGGAGGGGGAUGGGAGAGACGAGAUCUUGCUUGAACAGUCAAAGAUUUUUAGAUGUGCCCUGAUGCCGCAGGGUCUCCUGGCUCCUGGAAAUGCAGCUCUCUUCCAGCGUGGCUGAACUCAGCUGUGACGAGACCAUGGACCCACCCGCCGAGGAUUUCCAGCAGGUCCUGUCCAUCGACCAAAUCCGCUCCAUCCGUGCCAGCAACAACUACGUGGAGAGACCGGCGGCGUGCUUCCAGCAAGCCCGCUCCAACCCCUCGCUGUCGCAGCCCCCGCACAAGCAGGAGUGGUCCCAGGACCGCCUGGCGUCUUCCACCUUCCAGGACCUGCACCGCAGCCACAGCCAGCAGCACCAGAUGCCGCCUCUGCAGCCGCACCUGAGCCACUCGAGCACGGCCAGCUCGGUGUCGCAGAGCACCACGGCCUCCGAGCAGCGCCUGCUGAGCAGCUUGACGCCGUCGCACUCCGGGCACUCGCUGGUGCGGACGCAGCCCCGCGGGGCUGAGCUGAAGGCGGAGGAGUCCCCGCGGAAGGGCGCGGAGCCGCCGCCGGCGCACGGGCACCUGCUGCUGUGCGAGGCGUGCGGGCGCUGCCGCUGCCCGCGCUGCACGGCCGCCCGCAGCCUGCCCUCCUGCUGGCUCUGCAACCAGCGCUGCCUCUGCUCCGCCGAGAGCCUCCUCGACUACGGGACCUGCCUCUGCUGCGUCAAGGGGCUCUUCUACCACUGCUCCACCGACGACGAGGACACCUGCGCCGACGACCCCUGCUCCUGCGGGCCGGGCUCCUGCUGCGCCCGCUGGGCUGCCAUGAGCGUCCUGUCUCUCCUCUUGCCCUGCCUCUGCUGCUACUUUCCCACCCUGGGAUGCCUCAAACUUUGCCAGCGGGGUUAUGACGGCCUGAAACGCCCCGGCUGCCGCUGCCAGAGCCACACCAACACGGUCUGCAGAAAGAUCUCCUCGGCCAGCGGCACGCCCUUCCCCAAAACGCUGGACAAGCCGGUAUGACCCUCCCGAGGAGGAGAAGCGGGCUUUGCUCCUCUUCCUCCCCUUCCUCCUCCUCCUCUUCUUUCCUCCAUCCCCCUUCUCCCUCGGCUCCCUCUGCUCUGCAGUGCCCCUCCCUCCCCACUAUCACGUUCCAGGAUUAAGACGGGUGACCUGGGGGAUCCCCCAGGCUUUGGGAUGCCCCGGCUGGGUGGCCGGGGGAGCUGGCACUGAGGGUACCAGUGGUUUUGCACAUGCAGGAGAGAGACAGAAGAGUCAGAGCGAGCUGAGGGUGCCCUCCCUGGCUGUGUCCCACAGGGAAAUGUGACCCAGAGGGUCCUUGGGACUCUGCCCCCAUGGCCAGGGUACCUGAGGCCCCUCAGGGCUCUGCUCUCCGUAGUUUUAGGAGCUGUCCCACAGUGUGGUCCUUAUCCGUAGGGAAGGAGACAGGUCAGUGCAUCCCUGUGCUAGAGUCCCUCGGGAGCCAGACCCCUCCUCCCUCUCUUUCUCCCUCUCCUGCACUUUCUGUAGGUGGCCUUUCUCCCCUCAGGUGGCCACAGGUCCCUUUCCCCAAGGGGCUGGGGUGCCAAGGGGUCUCACCGGUGGCAGUGGCUUCCCUCCAGUCUUGGAAGCCACUGGGAGAAGCGAGCAAGCUCCAAAAUGAGGUGGCACCAUGUUUUUCUAUCUCAAAGAGGAAGAGAAAGUGUGGGAAGCUUUAGAAACCUUCUGGCAGGGGAAGGAGCUAUCGGAGGCAGCCCAGCCCACUCUCUCCUGCCCGACUGCAGCAAGGGAAAGGUCCCCUCUGGGAUUUGGCUGAGAACAAGGAGCUGCUUGGAAAUUGCCAUUCAUUUCUCCAGGCCUUGGAGGGCUGCCUGAGGUGGGAGCUGCUGCCUGGCUCCAUCCCACCACCCAGCAGAUGCCACAGGCACCAGCUCCGUGCUCGAACCCCGAUCUGGUACCUUCCACCAGCACUGAAUUCACUUUAAAAAAAUAUGGCAAAGCCAACUAUGAGCAGCCACCGCUCCAGGGACUCCCCAGCGGGGCUUCUGUCGCCUUGCCUUGGGCUGAAGGACAUGGAAAGCAGGAGGGGGUGUCGAAGCUGGGGACCCCGACCUUCCCUGCCUGCCAAGUUUCCUUUGAGUCCUCACCUCGCUGAGGAGGUUCUGCUACUCGCUGGCAGCCGGGGCUGGGGCUGGAGCCAGCCCUGGGGCCAGCCCUGGAGCCAGUCCUUGGGCCGGCCAUCUGCAGAGCAGACGGACACUGCAAUCCGGGUCAGGGCUCCAGGUUUCCUACUGGGAUGAUAAUAACCCCAACUGGUUGCUGUGGCUGGGAGACUCCUGGUGGUCCUGGGCUCAGCCCCAUGUCUGUGUAGUGCCAGCUCCUGGCUGUGACCCCGCUGGCAUCAUUUGAGGGAGUUUGGAGCCGGGAUGGUGUCCUGGAGCUCGGCUCUGCCUGCCUUUCCCCUUCCCAGGUGUGUGAGCACGAGAGGAGGCAAUGGUGCUCCUGGAGGAAUAUAUGCAACACAUCCCUUGGCUUCUCCAAGACCCAGCUCCCAGGGCCCAUCCGUCACCUCCUCCCAUCUGCCUCUUUCCGUAGAGUUCUGUGGAUCUAUUUUUGUAGAUAUAAAUAUGACGUUAGUAUGGGUAGGUCUAUUACUAAUAAUAUUCAUGAUACUGCUGUGAACGGUGCCAGGUACAAGGUUUGGCUUCCUGGUGCACUUGCACAGGCUGGAAAAGAUGAUUUCCCAGUCAGUUUAUUGCUAAUCCCAGAUCCUUUGCUCCCAGGUUGUCGGGAGUGGGGGAAAUGGAGGUGUACGGAUUGUCUGAAGGUCUGCACUGCAGGGAGGGUGGGAUUCAGUGCUGGCUGAGAGGUGAGGCAGAAGUGGAAUCUCAUUGUGGGACUCCUCUUUCCAUCCAUUCACUUUCUAAAAAUCGUGGUGGAUCCAAGCUCCCUCUGUUGCAGGGAAAAGUUGUUCCAGGGAGUGAUUCAUCCCUCUUGGAAGCAUUAUUCAUUAAAUCCUGUGCUGGCUGUGCCCGGCUCCCCUGACUCAAAUGGCACCCAAACAUUGAACUCCAGGCUCCAUGGGGAAGGGGGGAUGAAUCCCAUGUCUGGUGGGAGGUUUGUGUAGGAGAAUGUUAUGGACGUGAGAGAAAUCCUCUCCCUGACUUCACCCAGAGCCCGAGGAGGGAUGUGGAAGGAUCUGUGGGUAUCUCAGGAUGAUGCUUUGGGAUGCAGAGGGAUCCCCUGGCAUCAGGAAAGGACAGAGCCCCAUCUGGGCAUGGUCCAUCCCUAAGGCCAGCCUGGACUCUGGAAUCAAUUGGAUUUUAAGGCCAUGAUCUUCUCAGAGGAUGCCCUGUAGGUGUGUGAACCCCUCUAAGAUCAUUCCUGUGGCAACAAACAUAAAAUGCAUUGCUAAUACAUUUAUCCUUAUGCCAAUAAUUGCUUGGCUCCCUACUUGCAAGCGAUGUUGUGGGGAGACACUUCCUCACAGAGUCUCCUUCCUUUGGAAGGCUCAGUUCACUCUUCUAUUGGUGCUGAUUAAACUCCUUCUUCAUAAAAACCAGAGAGCAUUUUUAGGGAGAAAAGGUCCCUUUUUCCCUGUGGGUUGGAGGAACUGUCUCCCUUGAAUGAGAAUGAGAAACAGUUCAUUGAAACUUUUUAAAGAAAACUAAUGAACAGAAUUUUCCAACUUGCUCUACUUUGAUUUUUUUUUCCUCCUCCUUUUUAAACGGAUCCCACUUGUAAAUUUAGUUACCACCUCUGUAUCUUUGCAAUUCAUUGCUUCCUCUCCUGAUGGUGGAAUGACUCAACAUGUGAAGCUUCAUCAUUUUCACGGCCUCCCAAGUCAUGCGAGCGCAGGGUGACCUCCCCCAGGUGCUGGAGCUGGGGGUUGAGGAGAAGGCUGCCCAUGGAUCAGCUCCCCAGAGCCAGCUCUGCUUGGCACAGCAGCAGCACAGUGACCUUCAGCAACUGGGGGGAGGCCAGGACUGCCAGGACCCUCCACCUAAUGGGCUUUUUCUGGGUCAGUGCAGAAGCUCUCUUCCUACCAGGGAAUGGUGCCACAGUCUGGUGAGGGCUGAGGAGCACAACCAGGGCUCUGGAAUGUCUCCUCUCCACGAAAUGACAAAUCUGGGGGAUACAUUUCAUUAAAAACUGGACAUGUAGAAGGGGAGGGAUUUUAAAAGCUGUGGACAUGGUUUACAGUGGCUUACAGUGCUGGGUUAGUGUUUGGACUCAGUGGUCUUAGAGGGCUUUUCCAGCAGGAAUGAUUCCACGGUUCUAGGAAAUGGAGAGGACGAGAGCCCCAGCUGGCACCGAGGGCUGUGGGAUCAGAGCAGGGCUUUGUUUUCACCGAGGGCAGUCACAAAAGCCACAUUCAGGACCUGUGGGGGCUGGAGGAGUUCAGCUUGCUGGCCUCUGCCCUGCUCAUGGGUGCAGAUGGCUUCACCUGGAAUUCCUGCUGCCCACUCCAGCUGGGGAUCCUCAGCACAUUUCCCCUCCUUGCUCUCAUCAGGCAGGCGAGGUUGGGAAGCGCCAAAAGCUGUCCAAGGAGAAGCACCCAAAGCUCUGGUUCACCAACCUCAUCCGUGGUGGGGAAGGCUGUGGGCAGGCUCAGAUUCUUUCCCUGAGCUUUUCCCAACCUCCUCUGACGAGAUCCAUCCUGCUCCAUCCCCAGCUCGGCUUCCAGGCUGUUUGGUUUGCCCGUGGAGAGAGCCCCAGUUCUGGUUGGGGUUGGGAGCCCCUUUCCUGCCCCACCCUCCAUGAGUCAGAUCCCAUCUGCUCGGGGUGUUUGUCUGCAGCUGCCUGUCCCAGCAAUUGGGUUUUCUCUCUGUCCUGACGUGUCUUUUUUGGUUUUCUUUUGGGAGCGUCACAUGUGGAGCCCUCUGCUCUCCCACGGGGAUGGAUCUGCAUUGUGAGGGAGCGUUCCUGGGCUGUUGUCUUCCCUUUGCCAGAGAGCAUGCAGGGCUGGGGGCAGACUGGAGCAGGGAAAGAGAUUCAGGUGCCAAAGGAGCAGGAAGCAGGAGCUGCUGAGCAGGACCUGAGCUCCCCCUGCUCUGCUCCCCAUCCAGAACCUUCUUUUCCCACCCAGGAGUCCAAAGCUCCAUCCAUGCAAGAAGGUGUGAUGUUUUUUGCUUCUUCCAAGGCUUCCCUUGGUCCCUUUUCCCCACUGGCAAAUCAGUCCCAGCAAAGGUGGGGAGGGGUCAUGGGGAGGGGUCAGGCUGGAGUGUCCCUCCCAUCCCACCCCCCACCACUCCUGGUGGAAGGGCCAAAGAGGUCCUUGGGUUGCUGUCCACUCAUCCUUGAGAAACAUCAGUGCCUCAAAGAGCAGGGGGAAGCUCUUUGUGAUUCACAGAUUCCCAUAAAAUCCCACUGAGUUCACUCCUGCCCAUCCCCAGGGGUGAACCCUGAUGGAGGGAGGACAAAUGCCAUUGACCAAAAGAUGCCAAAGCCUGGAAUCUGAGAUUAGGAACGACGCUGAAGUGUGGUAGAGAGGGGUGAGCUGGGUUUGAGGGGAGCUGCUGUGGGAUUGGCACAGGAAAGGAGCCCACUAUGCCCUAAACUCCUGUUCCCAGCACCACUGCUGUUGCUCUUUCCUGGGCUGUUCUGAGGCUGGAGAAAGCUGGGAGUGCUCAGACACUGGGAGGUCAAAUGUUUGUGAUAGGGAUGUGAUAAGGGCUGACCCCCACCCUAAACCUCACUCUUGGUCUUUAAUGGGAUCCAGUUCAGCCUUGGCUCCUCCAAGGAACCCAUGGAGCCCAUGGGAUACUCUCUGAUCCAGUUGGCCCAAACCACCCUGAGCUGGGACCUCUUUGGCUCAGUUUGCUUUGGGUAUUUCCCCAUGAGCACCAGAAUCUCUUGCCAAGACUCCUGGAGUCACACUGGGAGUGGAGCUGGGAUCUGUUCUCCUGCUUGGGGUGACAUUGCAGAAGUAUCUUGUGAGGACACAGUCCCGGGGUUCCUCAGAGGGGCACUGCAGGCACGGGGGGUUUUGGAUGGAUGGGAAGGGGUCACAGCCCGCCAGGGCAGCGGGAGGCUCUGGGUCCCUCUCCUGCUGUGCCCAAAGGGCUUUGUCAUGAGCAGGACCUAUCCCACCCCAGAGCUGGGCCUGGGAGAGGAGGUCCCACAACCUCUGUGCCAAGGUCACCCCAAGUCCCAAGCCUGGCCCGUCCCCACCUUGCCCCUUUCCCCCUUUCCACUGGGAUAUCUCCUGGCAGGAGCUCCUCAUCCUCCUCCUCCUCCCCUGGUGUCCUCAGCACAAAGCUCUCCUUGGAAGAUCCCCCUGGUCUCCACAGGACAGGCCCAGGAUCCCAAGGCUCCCAUCCCGGGUUUCUGGGUACAAAACCCUUCUGUACAGCCUGUAAAGAUCCCUCCCUGGCUCUCUCCAUUCCAGUUCCUUUCUUUAAGGUAUAAUAUAUGUUUAUAACCUGAUGGCUGUUUUUUUGACAAUACUCUUGUACCUUUUAAGGGGAAAAAAGUUUAGAAACCAAAGUAUUUAUUUGAAAAGUUUAUUUUAAAGAUAAGAAAAAAAAAACCUAUUUAUUUUACUGCACCCUCUUCUGUUUGGUUUUCUUCUCUUGCAAAGCUGAUAACUGUUACAGAACCACUGCUGAGGUGAAAGAAGUGAUUCUAUGGGUGGCUUCACAAGCCCACUUAGAGCAACUAUUCAAUAAAAAUAUAUAUUAAUUUUGAA